GAUACCAGCAUUUAUGGAGAGAUAAAGCACGUGUGGAUCUGAAUAUGGUUGGCAAGGCUCGGCGCCGCUGUGCUCAAGGCCGUGCUUCAACUCGACUCAAAUCCUCCUUUGAGACGGCAGCGGAGAGACUCCCCGAUGACCUCCUUGUUGAUAUCCUCUCGCGUGUGCCCGUCAAAUCACUCUGCCGCUUUAAGUGUGUCUCCAAGCACUGGCUCGGACUCAUCGACCACCCCGAGCACCGCAGAAAGCUACCCCAAACCCUGGUCGGGUUCUUCUGCAACAACGACGAAUCAGUUAUCCAGUUUACCAGUGUAACGGAGAGCAGCUACCCUCUGAUUGACACAUCUUUCGCAUUUCUGCCCAACUGCGGGCAGCUGGAACUUUUGGACUGCUGCGACGGCCUCCUCCUAUGCGGCUGCUAUACCCAGGGUAAUGAGUUCCGUUACGUCGUGUUCAAUCCCGCCACAGAGAUGUGGGUCAUGUUGCCUGACUCCGGCUACAACGGCGAGGUGGGCACAACACGGUUGGGCUUUGAUCGCGCUGUGUCUUCCCAUUUCCAUGUGUUUGUGCUGCUGGAGGGUAACCACGGUAGUGACCGUUAUAUCACCGGAGCGUAUCUGUAUUCAUCGACAACCGGAAGAUGGAUUUAUAAGGAGAAAGGAUGGGCCCGAUAUAUUGGUCUUCAUACUGGUGGCUCAGGAGCUGUCUUUGUCAAUGGCUAUCUGCAUCUUUACUGCUAUGACCAUGACUUGUUGUGCCCAUGUGUAGCUGUGGUGCACAAGGAGGGGGAAAAUUGGAUGUUCUUUGAUUCCCCUUCCUUCGUGCAAGAUGCUAUUCUUCAGCAGUCACAGGGACACUUGCAUUUUGCUGGUUUUAAAAGUGACUAUGGUGAGGAUGAUGAUUAUGAUGAUUUAAGUGUUACCCGAAUAGUAGUUUAUGUUCUCAAGGACUAUGGCAAAGACGAGUGGAUACUGAAGCAUAGCAUUGAAGCUUCACACAUUGGAGAGAUAGAUGAUUUGAUCCUGAUCCAUCCUGACCGUAACACUAUCUUUUUCUCUAUGGGUCCAGUCAUGUGCUACAACAUGAAUCGCCAACAAGCCAAAGUGGUCUGCAAUGAUGGAGAAUGCGAGCCACCAUAUCUGCCAUAUGUGCCGCUGUAUGCAGAGUUAGAAUCAUUGCACAUGUGA